CUCGUCAAGCUGCCCGUACUUAUAACCCCUGGACCCAUGCCCUCAUACAACCACCGCGCCGCUCGUUGAAUACUUCGAGCACACUUCUGCACCAGGCACCAACGCAUGUACAACGGGAUGUCCAGCGAGGCUGACGGUUGUUUCGCCGCGAUAUGCGGCUUGUGCUGUGUCGGCUUGACUGGCUGCUGCCAAGCAUGGUGCGACACCAAGCGAUGGGGCGCAGGCGGGUGCGGCGGCCAGCGCGGGUGCUGCGGGCCGUGCUGCAGCAAGUCGUUCGACGAGGACGGCUUCGAGCGCGCGCAGCGCGAGGAGGCGGAGCGCCGGAAGCGGGUGCAGGUGGACGCGCAGCCCGCGGCGACGCCGCGGAUGGUGCAGGCGCAGGAGGGUAAGACCCACACGUAGUUCUUGGAUCGCUGGGCGGCGUGCUGGUAUGGGCCGGAUCUUGGACUUGGUGUUUUCGGUGUACGACUCGGAGGAGUACGCUAUAUCUGCCCUAAUGUAUCUGUAAUGCACGUCUACCUUGGUGGGCCGUGAAACUGGGAGGUCAUCGUGCAUUGACAGCCCAUCAGGUUCAUCGGCUUAUCAAGGUUCGCGUGCCCUCGUACAGGCACUCGUGAGCUUCGGUGCGCCCAUGUAUUGAGAAACUCGUGGUAUACAGGUUCAGGGUAUCUCGGG